AUGAUGCAGAGCACGCGUCGUGGAAGGCACACAGCCAAGCCACCGAAGCCACGUGCUUUGGCUUUUCCCCUCCGAGCUUUGAUCGAGAGGAUAAAUUCCAACGAAGAUCCUCCUUGGGCCAGCUAUCUCAGUGCCGGAGUUGUCCGUGCCGAACGAUCCGCUCGGCAAGAAGAGGAACGAGUGCAAGACACGCUGCCACGACUGCUUGGGUCUCGACGGAUAGAGUGCGGGCUCGGAAAUCUCAGUAGUGGCGGAUGCUGUGGUGGCUCUCGAGUAGACAGCAUGGGUAUGACGAACCUUACAGGGCGCGUUUGGGAACUGUCUCAGGAUUCCAAGGGAUGCCGAGAUGUUCAGCUUGCGAUCGAGCAAGCUACUGAUGACUUUCGGCGUGUUCUUGUGGCAGAAGUCGCUGGACAUGUACUGGAUGCCAUGCGAUGCCCACACGCAAACCACGUUCUUCAGAAAUGCAUCACGUCCUCCAGGCCCCCAGACUGCCAGUUCAUCAUCGACGAGAUCAUGGCUUGCAGCGGCUUUGUGGAAUUGGCUGCUCGCCACAAGUAUGGCUGCCGUAUCAUCCAAAGGUUGCUAGAACGCUGUUCUCCGGCCCAGGUUGAAAGCGUGGCGGCCGCCAUCCUGUCUGAUGUUAGUGGAAUUGCACGCCAUCCGUACGGCAAUUAUGUCUUGCAGAAUUUAUUGGAGCAUGGUACCCCGGCUCAUCGACAUAGGCUGGCGCAGGAGCUCAAGAAGGAGAUCGUCCCCAUUUGCCAGGACUCCUUUGGGAGUGCAGUAAUUGCUGCUGCAUUGUCCCAGCUUUGUAAAGAGGAUGCGAUAUCCCUGGCACAAGCAAUCGUGCAGGAGCAGGGACUGCUGACCUUCAUGGCUCAUGCGCGCCACGGUCAUGCAGCCGUUCGUCUUCUUUUGCAGGCCCUGGAUGGGUCCGAUCUGGCCAAAGCCCGCGAGUUGCUGUGCGCAGAGCUGCCGUCCCUCAAAGUCUCCAGGUAUGGCAGGAUUGUAGCCAGCUGGCUUGAUGCAGAGGGCAGAAAAUCUGGUGCAGCCGUCAGGGCCGCCUGA